AUGCCUACUUUACUCUCCACAUGCGAGAUUCUCUUGCGUACAUUUGCAGAUUUGCUUCAUCUGCUCGCAAUGCUCAUUCUGCUUGUAAAAAUGAAUAGAACCAAAUCCUGCUCAGGAAUCUCCUUAAAGUCCCAGCUAUUAUAUCUGUCUGUCUAUCUAUUCAGAUACAUAGAUAUUAUUUACAUUGUAAUAUACCCAGUACUUCUCCAUUCCCGCAGAUUAGUAUACAACUCUAUUAUGAAAGUGCUAUUUGUACUUCUUCAGUCAAAGAUAAUUUAUAAAGUAAACUAUAAGUACAGCUAUACAUACGACCGGGAGCUAGACAACCUUAACAUAGCACUGCCGAUAGGGAUGGCAUUGGUGAUCAGUAUGUUAAUUAACAAAAGCUAUGGCUUCCAUUAUAAAAUCAUUAUAGAAUUGUUCUGGUCGUCCUCAAUUGUUCUUGAGUCGAUUGCCAUUAUACCGCAGCUUUUAUUGCUCUAUAAGACAGGAGAAGUGGAAGUGCUGACAAUCGAGUAUAUAGUGCUCUUGGGAUUCUACCGAGCCAUUUAUAUGGCUAUAUGGCUGGUAAAGUAUAUUAUAACAAGAGAAAACACCCUACUGCUAUGCGGGUCAAUCAUCCAAAGCAUUCUGUAUGGUGAGCUAUUCUGGGUGUAUGGAAGAAGAGUGAAGUCAAGAAUCAUGGAAAUAAAGAGAAUAGGGAAGGAAGGAAUGAGAAAGGAAGGAAUAAGAUUUAUAAGAGAUGCAUUUGUAUAG